UUUUUCAUAUUCCAGUGUUUCGUCAAGAAUACCGUCGCCAUCACAAAGCUAUCCUUUCUCUUUCUCUAUCUCGACAUCUUUCCCCAAAAGAAGUUCCGGAUGAUCUGCUGGGCGAUGAUCUUCCAGAUAGCAGCUGGAUUGGUGGCUCUCAGCUUCACAACCAUAUUCCAAUGCACUCCGGUUCGAUAUUCUUGGGACAAGACUAUACCUGGUACAUGUAUCAACAUCAAGGCUUUCUGGUAUGGCCAGUCGGGCUGGAACACUCUUAUGGACGUUGUGGUACUGGUGUUGCCCAUACCUGUUAUCCUGAAACUGCAGAUGAACCGUCGGGCCAAGAUCAGCAUUCUGGCAGUGUUUGUUCUCGGAGCGUUCGUCACCAUCACGAGUAUCGAGCGCCUGAUCAGCUUGAACUUCAAUGCAACCUUCAUAUUGGACUUCACCUGGGCGACUGGGACAUCCGUCAUAUGGACCCAGGUAGAGUCAACGGUCGGUGUCAUCUGCGCCUGCGCACCAUCUCUGAGGACGCCGCUGGCCCGAUUUAUUCCCUUCCUCUUU